AUGAGUGUGUUUCCUUAUUCCUACAAGAUGAUCGAGUGGUUCGGCAUAACACAAAAUGUGUCCACAUACGCUGGCAUGCUCAUCACAGCCUUCGCCUUUGCCGAGUUCUCAACAGGAAUGUUAUGGGGUCGAGUUAGCGACAGGUUUGGGCGCAAACCAGUCCUCAUCAUGGGCCUGGUUGGUACUGCCUUGAGCAUGAUCUGCUUUGGUUUCUCCAAGAACCUUUGGUCAGCAAUAAUUGCAAGAGCCUUGGGCGGACUGCUCAACGGGAAUGUCGGAGUCUUACAAACAACAGUGGCUGAGCUGGUAAAGAAGAAGGAACAUCAACCUCGAGCUUAUUCGAUUAUGCCGUUUGUAUGGUGCUUGGGCUCGAUUAUCGGCCCAGCCAUGGCAGGCGCACUGGCAAUGCCGUGUCAAUCAUACCCAACUCUAUUCCCACCAGGGGGACUUUUCGAGGAAUAUCCCUUCCUUCUGCCUAACCUGGUGUGUGUGGUUGUACUUGUGUUCGGCAUACUCAAUGGUAUCUUGUUCAUCGAGGAAACACAUCCAGAACGGAAGCAUGAACGCGACAGAGGCCGAGAAAUUGGGGAGUUUCUCUUGACGAAACUGUGCGGUGAGGCGUGCGGAACAUCAGAUUAUCCAGAAAAGGUUCAACAUGUCUCAGGCAGCAUUAACAAGCUGGAUCACCAAGACCCUCCUCCUGGAUACCGAAGCACAGAGAGCUCACCGCUCUUGUGCUCUAGCCCAGCCCCACAGCUAGUUGAGGACACUGAAUCUGGCCAGUCAAGAGAGAACCGUUCUUUCGAUGUGACCUUUUCUCGACAAGUGAUCCUGGUGAUCUUGGGUUAUGGUAUUCUUGCCUUCCACUCCGUCUCAUUCGACUCGUUAAUGCCAGUCAUGUUGAGCGAGCCAUCCUCUUCACAGAGACCCAUCCUGCCAUUCAAGUUCACGGGUGGAUUUGGAAUGACCCCGAAGACUAUUGGGUUCAUGAUGGCGUUCCAAGGUGUCUACUCGAUGAUCGCACAAUUAUGGUUCUUCCCUGCUAUUGUCAAGAAGGUUGGGACUCUUGGUGCCUUCCGAUCCGUCAUGAUAAUAUGGCCUGUGCUCUAUUUCCUGGUGCCAUAUCUGGUACUUCUGCCCACCAAUCUCCAGACAAUCGGUAUUUAUGCAGCAUUACUGACCAAGAUCACCUUUCAUGUGAUUGCGUUUCCUUCCAAUGCUAUUCUGCUAGCCAACGCGGCACCUUCCAAAUCGGUUCUGGGAACGAUAAAUGGAGCGGCUGCUUCAACAGCUUGCCUUUGCCGAGCAUUCGGUCCAACCAUCUCAGGUUCCAUUCAUUCAGCGGGCCUGCAUGCAGGUUACAAUGGCUUUGCAUGGUGGUUGGGAGGUAUUAUCUGUGCAAUCGGAGCCGUGGAAGCUUAUUGCAUCCAGGACACUGAUGGCUGUAAGGAGAACAUAAACGACAAAGUUGAGGACCAAACAGUUUGUGAACCACUCAUGGUUUCAAGUGUCGACGAGCCCAACACAAAGAUACCCUCUAACACGAUUAUCGACGACCUCGAUCUUAAUGUCGACGUUAAGCUCGAACAGCAUUAA